AUGGCCGACUCUGAGCGCCGCCCCCGUGUUUUCUUCGAUAUCCAGAUCGGUAAACAGAAGACCGGUCGCAUUGCUCUUGAACUGUUCAACGAUGUCGUUCCUAAGACUGCGGAGAACUUCCGGGCUCUGUGCACUGGCGAAAAGGGCGUGGGCAAGCAGGGCAAGCCAUUGCACUUCAAAGGCUCCAUUUUCCACCGUGUCAUUAAGCAAUUCAUGAUUCAGGGUGGUGACUUCACCGCGUUCAACGGCACGGGCGGCGAGUCGAUCUAUGGCGAGAAAUUCCCCGACGAGAACUUCGACCUCAAGCAUGACCGUCCCUUCCUUCUCUCCAUGGCCAACUCCGGUCCCGGCACCAACGGCAGUCAGUUCUUCAUUACAACCGUGCCCACCCCCCACCUGGACGGCAAGCACGUCGUCUUCGGUGAGGUGAUCAACGGCAAGAGCGUUGUCCGCAAGGUCGAGAACAUGUCUACCCAGGCCGACAAGCCCACCACCGACGUCACCAUCGUCGACUGCGGAGAGCUCACCGGCGACGAGUACGAAAACGCUGAUAAGCAGAUCCCCGACGCGACUGGCGAUCCUUAUGAGGACUUCCCCGAUGACCACCAGGGAGAGGAGCUGAGCGCCCCUGUCUGCUUCAAGAUCGCGUCUGAGCUCAAGAACUUUGGAAACACCGCUUUCAAGAGCGGAAACCUGACUCUCGGUCUCGAGAAGUACCAGAAGGGUCUGCGUUAUCUCAACGAGUUCCCUGAGCCUGAUGAGCAGGACCCCAAGGAUCUGGACCCCCAGAUGAAGGCGCUCCGCUUCACUCUGCACUCGAACUCAUCUCUGCUUGCUAACAAGCUUGAUCAGUUUAAGAAUGGCCAGACCUGGGCUACUUACGCUCUCGAAACAGCUGCUGCUGCGAACGCUAAGGAUGCCGACAAGGCUAAGGCUUACUACCGCCGUGCGGUGGCCUACAGGGGUCUGAAGGAGGAGGACGAGGCUCUCAAGGAUCUCCAGGAGGCUUCUCGGCUGGCCCCUGGUGAUGCUGGCAUUACCAACGAGAUUGCCCGGGUCAAGAAGGCCGUCAAGGACCGUCAGGCUCGCGAGAGGGCUACCGCUCAGAAGUUCUUCUCGUGA